UGUAACUGCGUCGACCAUCGAUGGCAGGCGUAAAGGUGCUUGCUUAUUCUGUCAGGAGUACUUCAUGGACCUCUACCUGUUGGCAGAGCUCAAGACCAUCUCAUUGAAGGUAACGACAGUGGAUAUGUUGAAACCGCCACCAGAUUUCCGGUCCAACUUUGACUCGACGCCCCCACCCAUACUGAUCGAUAGGGGACAGGCGGUGCUCGAGAACGAGAAGAUUGAGCGCUAUAUCAUGAAGUCUAUACCCGGCGGACACAACCUCUUCAUAUCGGACAAGGAGACGGCCACCACCAUCGAGAACCUCUAUAGCAAAUUCAAACUAAUGCUUACGAAACGCGAGGAGUCCUCGAAAAAGGCACUACUCGUCCACUUGAGGAAUAUUAACCAACACUUAGAGAGACGGAACUCCAGAUUCCUGACCGGAGACACCAUGUGUUGCUUCGACUGCGAACUCAUGCCACGCCUUCAACAUAUUAGGGUCGCCGGCAAAUACUUCUCGGAAUUCGAGAUCCCGGAGGACUUCCAGCACAUCUGGCGCUAUAUGUACCACAUGUACCAAUUGGACGCAUUCACGCAGUCGUGUCCGGCCGACCAGGACAUCAUCAACCACUAUAAGCUACAACAGGGCACCCGCAUGAAGAAGCACGAGGAGCUCGAGACGCCCACCUACACGGCCAGCAUACCGGCUCACAUCGACACCAAUAACUAUCACUCCGAUAGACAUUAAACAUCUAUAUUCUUCGUGUCGACUAUUAUUUUUAUUGUUUAUUUGUUUUUCCGUUUACUUGUACU